UUCAGUAGGGCCCACGCUCGACCGAUCCGACGGCGUAUCCAGGUGCACGCUGCACGCACAAUCUCAAAACAGGCUAGCCAGGGUUCGCUCCAAGCGCCUCGCAGGCUCCCCAAUCCCCGAUACCUCCGCCACCGCCGUCGCCGUCGCCGCCUCGCCAUCACGCCCCCCUCUACGCCGCAUCGCCGUUGCUGGCUGCAGCUCUCCGCAGGCGACGACUAACCCGCCCCGUGACGCCCGCCCGGUCGGUCCCCGUGCUAGAUUACGUCUUGAUCUCUCAGGUUCUUUAGAAGAAAAGAGGAAAAUCAUACAUGGAUAUCAUGCAGACAAGUGACUCUUCACAUCAUGGAAUUGUAGAAAACAGCCCUUACAGAACUCCCUAUGGUAGACAUGUGGAAAGUGGCAACCUUGGUGGUUCAUGGUAUUUUAGUAGAAAAGAAAUCGAGGAGAAUUCCCUUUCAAGGAAAGAUGGCAUUGAUCUGAAGAAGGAGUCUUAUCUUCGGAAGUCAUACUGCACCUUUCUUCAAGAUUUUGGGAUGAGACUUAAAGUGCCUCAAGUGACAAUUGCUACAGCUAUAGUAUUCUGUCAUCGUUUUUUCCUUCGUCAAUCUCAUGCCAAAAAUGAUAGACUGACAAUAGCCACAGUUUGCAUGUUCUUGGCGGGUAAAGUUGAAGAAACUCCCAGACCCCUUAAGGAUGUCGUACUAAUUUCUUAUGAGAUCAUCCACAAGAAGGAUCCUGCCGCAGUUGCUCGAAUUAAGCAAAAGGAGGUUUAUGAACAACAGAAGGAGCUUAUUUUAAUCGGGGAGCGUGCUGUGCUUAUAACACUUGGUUUUGACCUGAAUGUGCACCACCCGUACAAGCCCUUGGUCGAAGCAAUAAAAAAAUUCAAAGUUGCUCAAAAUGCGCUUGCUCAAGUUGCGUGGAAUUUUGUCAAUGAUGGGCUACGUACUUCGCUUUGUCUCCAAUUUAAACCCAAUCAUAUUACGGCCGGCGCAAUCUUCCUUGCUGCGAAGUUCCUCAAAGUCAAGCUUCCAUCAGAUGGUGAGAAGGUCUGGUGGCAAGAGUUUGAUGUAACCCCGCGGCAGUUGGAAGAGGUCAGCAACCAAAUGUUGGAGCUCUACGAGCAAAACCGCGUGGUGCCACCACCGUCCCAAGGGAAUGAUACCGAAGGCAGUUCUGCAAGUGUGGUUAAUCCACGUGCUGUGGGGAAGGCUCCUGGAGCUGCUGACGAGCGUCAUGCUCAUGGAAAUUAUCAAGCACCUAAACAGUUGAGCAUGGUAGACCCCCCUGAGAAGCAAAACUCAAACCAGAGGAUACCCAAGGUGGAAGCAAAGGAUGGUAUUGCCAGCAGCAACGAAGGCCCCAAUAUGUCAUCCUCAAUGGAUGCAAUGAAGAAGAUAGACAAGGAUAAAGUGAAAGCUGCGCUUGAGAAACGGAGGAAAUCAAAAGGUGAUGCCGGUAGAAAGGUUGACGUCAUGGAUGAUGAUGACCUGAUUGAGAGGGAGCUGGAGCAUGGAGUGGAGAUGGCUGUAAAGGAUGAGAAGAAACACGACAGAAGGCAGAGCUGGCCCCAGCCCCCGCACCAGAACGCUACUCGGACGGCAGAGAACGCCGAGGAGGGCGAGCUCUCCAUGGACAGUCAAGAGUACCUUUCCACCGUGACUGAGCUCGACGACCGGAAGAGGAAGGAUGUGUAUGACCACAGGAGCUAUGAUCACGGCGAGAGGGGCCUUAAAAGGGCGAGAUCAUGAAAUUAAGUAUUCAUCCCCGCCCCCCUCCCCUGCGUAGAACAAUCGGCAGACUGUGUAAUUUGAUAUGUUGGGAGAUUUGAACUGUCAUGUACUCCUACUAUAUAAUUGAGAAAAAGAAUUUCCCC